AUGUGGAGUUCACACAGCAUUUCUCCAGUGCUGCGUCUGCAUGGGCAGUGCCGAAGGAGCAACCGUAAAGCCGCGGCACGGGAAGUUGAAUCUAUUGGUUAUGGCCCUUACUUCAUUCCAACCUCAUCUUGCCAAAUUCCCAGUGGGAAGGUGUCCUCCGAGCAUUACGUCUGCUCUGUUGAAACAUCAAGGGAGACACUCCUGUGCAGAAUUUCAAGAGCUAUUUCACUCUCUACAGAGCCUUUCCUGAAAUACGUGAAGUGGCAUCCUGAUUGUGCUGAAACCAAGAAAAUGAAGGUUGGCUUGGGCAGGAUGCCUGCCAGGAUGACCUUUGCCUUCAUCUUCGCUGUGACUUUGCUUCUUCCAGAUGUGACAUCCGUGAGUGUCUAUAGGUCUGUGGAGACAACUGACACUACAUCUGCCAGUGUGACAAGUGCACCAAAGGAAACUACCCCAAAUAAAUAUGAGUCUGAAACCAAUGAAACUGAAAGAGAUUACAGUGAGGUGGGCUUGACCCCACUUGAUGAUUCUCCAGAAUUUUACGAAACUGUCUCACCUGUCAAAGAAGAAAACGUGCCCUUAUUAAAUACUGAAAAAGAGGAAUCUAAUCAGGAGAGACAAAUUAACAUGGAAGAGUUUCCAGAGGAAAGUAAUGGACCAGAAGCCAACAUCGAUGAAGCUGAAAACUUAAUUGGCCUGAAUGAACUUGAUGAAGCAGUAGAUGAUGCCCUUGACCUGAUCAGACUCCUUGUCAAGAGAGAUGCUGGAGAAGAAGAAGAAUCAGAAGAUGAGGCAGAAGAAGAAGAUGAACCUAAAAUGGACACUAUAGAUGAGGAUGAGUUUUCAUUUUCUGACUUACCCAGAGUCUUUGAGCCUUUGAUACAAGCUUUUUCCAGCUCAGAAUCUGGGCCUCCAUCACCAGAUGAUUUCUUCUCUUGGUUGCCUGCCCUAAAGGACCUUCUGGAACCCAAUGAGGAGCCCAGUGCAAGUAGACCAACAGGCUUGCCAUCCAACAGCAUGACUCAUCCAGCAAGAAGGUCUAGUCCCUCAACUUUCCCAGAGCCAUCUCUGCAAAUAGCUCCUGCCUCACCACCUGCAGAGCCAACUGAAUCAGAGGUCCAUCCCUCUCCAUCUCUGCUGGAGGAAUUGACCACUCCUGUUCCACCAACUAUACCUGUGCCUCCUCAGCCUAGCCAGCCUUCUCUUUCAGAUGCCCCAGAUGCUGAAGAGAUGUUUUAUUAAGUAGACACAAUUAAGCUGAAAGCCAGUAUGAUGUAAAGAUUCCAAUACUGGACUGGGAUUUUAGAUCUGGAUUCUAGUUCCCUCUGAGUGAUAAAACUCACUGGGUGAUCUAAGGCUAUCUUAUCUCAAGGUUAUGUAGGGAUGAUGUGUGGAGCAUGGGGUGCAUGCCACUUUGAGUUCAUUUGAGCAAAAGUGGAAUAUAAAUGUAAUAUUUAAAUAAUCUGGAGAUUGAUGAAAUGGGUAUAAGAUAACGAGAACAACUGGAAAGUUCCUCUUCCUCAUAUUUCUUAUUAAGAUCAUCGAUAUUUCUUGUUAUUCCAAAGGUAUAAAACAUAAAUAAACAUAUGCUUUAAUGCUCUGCUUUUGCAGGCAAUGUAAUCAUGCAUAUAGUCAAGACCAAUCCUUUAAACUUUGUUGGGGCUCUUUACUCCUUGAGAGCUGAAAAAUUAUGCCCCUAUGAAGUAAUUUAGUAGGACAAAGGGAGUAUUGCAUCUAGCUAACAUAAAAUAACUGCACCUUUAGGUAUAGCGGAUCCUCCUAGUUCCUCUCCUAUUUUUCCAUUCAGCUAGGAAAAAACUUACUGGACACUCAUAUUAAAAGCCCUGCUCUUAUUAAGAGCCCUGCUAGAUAAUUGUGUAUCUCUUUGUUGUAAUAAAACUCU